AUGGCGGCGUCACUCCCAAGAUCCGGGACCCGGCUCUUCCGAACGUACGGGGCAGCCGGUGGCGGGAGGCCGCGGCGGCGGCCGGGCCGGGCAGCGGCGCAGUGGUUUCCACCGCAGACCCGGAAUAAUUUCUUCAGCAGCGACACCAGCAGCGGUGACCCCUUGCAGUCCGUAGCUUCCGACGACCCUGACGACCCGGACUUCCCCGGCAGCCCUGUCCGCAGGCGGCGGAGGCGUCCUGGUGGCCGAAUCUCCAAGGAUCGGCCGACCCUGAUCGCGACUCCAAGACGCCUGAGGCUGCGAGCUCGGCCUCCGCUGAAGUGCAGCACCCCCUGCGGCCCGCUCCAAACGCCGCCCUUCCCUAGCCGCAACCGGGGCCGUCUCAGCUCCGACUUCAGUGGAUGCAGCCAGCCCAGGGACCGCGACGAGCUGGGCAUCAGUGCCUCCCUGAUCAGGUCCCCGCCCUCGCCUGGCCCUGGACCGCCAGCGCUAGGGGAUAGUGUCAUCUCCACCGGUCCUCCUGCCUCUCCAGAUGCAGCCUCCGCAGACCCAAGCAACUUCCACUUGCCGUCAGCCUCCCUGAACCAAGCAUCUGCCACCCACUCCCAGGAGGCAGCAACAGAAGGAGCCACGUUCACCAGAAUGGUCCAUCCAGCUUAUACCAGCCUCACAUCUGCUCUCUAUAGCCUUAUAGACUCAAGAAACCCUGUGGAUUAUGAGUUUGGGACAGAUGGAAAAAGUAAGGAGUCCUGUUGUAAAAGGCAAGUGAUGGGAAACAGACUGGAGCGCACAGAUAAAAAGAGGGCCACAGACAGGGACUCUUGUCAAAAGAGUGGGAUAGACUCUGAGGAAGCCAAUGGUUGCAGAGGCCAUAUCAUACCUGGGGAAAUCAACAGGCCUAAGAGAACUAGGCCAAGACGAAAGAGGAAACAUCAGGAAGCAGGGGAAACCUCUCCUUUCCAUUACCACCAAUUUAAAAAGAGCCAAAAGAUGGGAAAAGAGUCAUUCCUAUCUCGGGACCUGUCUCAUUUACCAAAGACCUGUUCUUGGACCAAAGUCAGGGCCACCUUCAAUUUCCACAAGAAGAAAAUUGUAACUGAUGUGUCAGAGGUAAGCAGCAGCUAUACCAUUUCCAGUUCUCUCUCUAGGUCCCCGGUAUCAGAAUAUUCAAACCCUCCUGUCAUGAACAGAACAAACAGUGCUUUGUCUCCACGGCACUCCUCUUCUAUGCACUUGCUGAGCCCCUUAAAGAUUCUACAUGUUGCAGACAAAAAGACCUCUGAGGCUAAAAAGGUUUUUUGGGAAUGCAGUCAGGAAGGUCCUAUCCCCUUUAGCUAUUGCCUUUCCACAGAAAAACUGGAACUCUGUGAGAAAAUUGGGGAAGGGGUGUUUGGUGAAGUGUUUCAAAUUAUUACUGAUGAGAAACCUGUAGCCCUAAAAAUCAUUGCUAUUGAAGGACCAGAUUUAGUCAAUGGAUCCCAUCAGAAAACAUUUGAGGAAAUCCUGCCAGAGAUCAUCAUCUCCAAAGAGUUGAGCCUCUUGUCUGAUGAGGCGUUCAACCGCACAGAAGGCUUUAUUGGGCUGAACUCAGUGCAUUGUGUUCAAGGGUCUUACCCUCCGUUGCUCCUCAAAGCCUGGGAUCACUAUAACUCAACCAAAAAGUCUGCAAAUGACCGGCCUGACUAUUUUGAGGAAGACCAGCUCUUCAUUAUACUAGAAUUUGAGUUUGGUGGGAUUGACCUAGAGCAAAUGAAAACAAAAUUGUCCUCCAUGGCUACAGCAAAGAGCAUUAUACACCAGAUCACAGCAUCCCUUGCAGUGGCAGAAGCAUCACUGCACUUUGAGCACCGAGACUUACACUGGGGGAAUGUUCUGUUAAAGAAAACCAGCCUCAAGGAGCUCCACUACACCCUUAACGGAAAGACAAACACUAUUCCCACCCGUGGGCUGCAAGUCAAUAUCAUUGAUUAUACCCUGUCACGCUUGGAGCGAGAUGGGAUUGUGGUUUUCUGUGACAUUUCCAUGGAUGAAGACCUGUUUACAGGUGAAGGUGACUACCAGUAUGAUAUCUACAGGCUCAUGAGGAAGGAGAACAACAACUGCUGGGGUGAAUAUCACCCUUAUAAUAAUGUGCUCUGGCUACAUUACCUCACAGACAAGAUUCUGAAUGAAAUGACCUUUAAGACUAAAUGUAACACCACUGCCAUGAAGCAGGUGAGGAAAAAGAUCCAGCAUUUCCAUAGGACAGUGCUGAACUUCAGCUCUGCCACUGACCUGCUCUGCCAACACAGUCUAUUUAAGUAAGCUGAAUGUGUCUUACUGUCCCAAACCGAGAGGGUCUUGAAGCCUUCAGUGCUGUUUUCAUUCUCCAACCCAGAGCAGGAUAAGGUAGAAUUCCAUUCUUACAUGUUUCCAAUCAACUUUCCAAGCAAGAACUUUGUUUUCAAGUGGAAACUGAAAUAUUUGUUGAACUGAUUAAACUUGCUGUUAACAAAUGUUCUUGAAAAUAAACUACAUGUAAGAACAAGUAUGUACAACUUAUAAGUCCUUUUUCUAAUUGUCAGCAGAGUCCAUUCUGUAAAUUCCACAUUUUCAUUUUUGAGCCUUGAAAUUGUUAUAUAACCUGAGCAAAAAACAAAAAUCAAGAAAGUCUAGAUAUCAGCUGUUAGAGCGACCAGAGCCUGUUGCUUUAAGUAUUAAGGCUGGUGUUGGAAACCAGAUUACAGAUAAGAGGUUGAAUAAAUGCAAAGAGGCAAUAGCAAAGCAGAGACUAAGAGGGACUGGAGGGAAGGAAAAGACAAUUGUAGGGGGGAAGACAGACAAUUUGUAGGGGGAAGUGUAAGAAAUGUCACAUGUUUAUUGGGCUCACUCACCAAUCACAUAGAAGCAGAGGCAGAAUUUAUCGAUUUUCAAAAGGAAAAUAAAGGUCUC